GGAGCAAUCAGUUUCGACAAAAUUCUAACUAAAUUUAUUCAACUUGAAGGAAAUUUGAAAAAUUCAAAAACAUAAAUAGAUUUGAGGUUCUCAAGAUGCCGAGUGAAACCCAGUCUAAGGCCAAGAGCCCAUUUCUACAAUUUAGCUCCGCUGCAGGCAGCCCAGAAACCAAACGCAAGAUGUUGCUGUUCAGGCAGUUGCUAAAACGGGAGAUCGACAGGGACAUGAGGCCUCGAAAAGCCGUUCAUGUGCGCCGAUUAUCAGAAUUCUGAACAAUAAUGUUGUCCCUGUAGUUUUGUUGCAAUGGAACGUAGUGACCAAAAUUCGGCAUAUUUUCGACCUCUGUUUUCAGUUUUUCAAUUUUUCAAUUUCAUCAUGUUUUUUGGUCCAUAAUAAACUUUCACUGGCAAAAUUUAGACAAAAGUUUUUGU